AAUUGCGGACGAUAAUUUCGUUGGAAUUGUUUCGUCGAAACGAAGAUGCGAAAGAAAAUUUAAAAACCAACAAAAAAAACCAGAGUAAAUAAAUGAUACUUGGAAUCGGAGUACCGAUUAACACAUUAAACCUUUUUUCACAAAAAAAAAUUGGUGAAGUGAUACCUGCGUAUAGUGUAAUUACAAAAGGUGCACUAAAGUGCGUAACGUGAAAUUAACUAUUUACUUAUGAUUUUAACACAAUUAAAUUUAAAUAAUCAAUUUAACACUAUCCUCCAACAAUUUACCUGCAUACACACACACACACUUCCAGUUAAAAUACUUUUAAAUACAUAACUGGACAGUCUACCUAUCUAUGUUUUGUGGUGUAUAAACGUUUUAACGAUGCGGUCCAAAACUAAGACAUCAGUUAACAAUGAAUUAUCGAUGAGAAAACACUCGUAAACCAAUUGCUCUUGUAGUUUGUGUAGUGUCAUUGAAUGUGAAAUUAUAAUUGUGCAAUAAUUUGCAAAAACUAACAUUUUAAAGCAGUUAAAUAAAGUGUUUUGAACAUUGAAAUUCAUGAAAAAAUAACAAGAAAAUCAAGAGAGAAAAAUGUCAAAGUGGACACGAUUAGAAAGUCCAAAUUUUAGUGAUAAUGAAGAUACAUACGAAACUGAAACCGAAAAUAUGUGCGCCGAUGAACCAAUCAAUUUGAAACAAGUGAAUUAUGAUCAAAAUCAUAGCCAAGAAGAUGCCUCAAGUGAUUGGGAAACAACAAAAUCAAUGAAGACAAAAGCAUUUCGAAUAAAAGACAUUUUAGGUUUGGACGAUAACGAAAAAAUGUCAACAAUGCCAACAACACAUUUGGAUGGUACAUUGAACAAAUCCACGAUCACAUCGUCAUCAAACACAACAACAUCAUCAAGUGUUUUAAAGUAUUUGAAUACACAAAGUGUGUACGAUCAUAUGCCAUGUGCAAACAUUUUAAAUGCAACAACGAUGUUACCAUGUAAUUCAUUCAAUAACAAAAAUCCUUCGGCAUUGCUGUCAUCGUCAACAUCAUCAACGCCAUCACCAAAUGCUUAUACAAACUUUAUGUACGCUAAUUGGAUCGAUCUACAUGCUAAAAUGCCUGAUCAAACAAAAUAUUUGUUUUGUUUACAAGGUCCAAAACUAUUGGGAAAACGAUCGCGUAAGCCGGGCAUUGAUCGAAAACCGCGACAAGCGUACAGUGUAAAACAGUUGGAAAAACUUGAAAAUGAAUUCAAACAAGAUAAAUAUCUGAGUGUGAGCAAACGCAUGGAAUUAUCGAAAACGCUAAAUUUGACAGAGGUGCAAAUAAAAACCUGGUUUCAGAAUCGUCGAACCAAAUGGAAAAAACAGUUGACAUCACGAUUGAAAAUUGCACAGCGGCAGGGAAUCUAUGCGACUGGUUUUCAAAAUGUAACAGCAAUGGGACCAUCAUCGAUAGCACCAUUUCCAUUAUUUGGUACAUAUCCCGGCAUGUGCAUGCUAACCACCACACAUAAUUCACAUGCCAUGGUUAGCUCAACGACAGAUUUAUUACCAACAACAAAGCCAAAUACAAUAUCGGAAUCAUCUGCUUUACACUAAUUCAUUUACCAUUUAUUGAUUGGUGAUGUGUUUGAUUUUUGGCCCAUUUUUCAUUCAAACAUUUUUUGGCUCAAUUUUUUUCGAACCGAAAAAAAAAAAUCAUAUACAUAUCAUACAUUUAGGCAUAUUGAAAACACAACAAAAAAAUAAUAAUAAUAAAGGAAAAUAAAGAACAUCGUGAUCUUUGUCAUUUAAACAAUGUCAUUUGCAAUUUUAAUAACGUUUCGUCUUGCACUCUCAUUAAAGCCAUUAAGAUACAAAUCAUUAAUACUUAUAACAAACUAGUUAAUUUUUGAGCUUAUGUUAUUCUUUCAUUCCAUUUCUUUCCACCUUUUUUUUCAUAAUUCUCAACAAUUUUUUCAUUUGAUUGUUUUCAUUUCUUCGGGUGCUUCUCCGCGCCUGCUUGAAGUGUCCAUUUUUUUCUUUCAACUUUAAAAACUAUUUAUUAAGGCAUGCUCUAAUUCACAGAUUUUGUUCAAUAUACACGUGCAUAAUAUAGUAAUUUUCAGUGUAUUUUUUUCGCUAUCUCUUACAUGUUUGAGUGUUCCGCAACGCAGGUACCUAUCG